CUGCGACGCCCGGGCAGGAAGGUUGGGUGCGCAAGGGUUCUUACCUCUGCAGCUACCCGCCGCCCGCACCUGUCGUGUUUACCUUUGUUGCUGGCAAGUGUGGCUGUCAGAGGAACCAAAAACUUAAGGUAUUAUCAGUGUUCGAAGUGUAUUAAAUAUUCCUGCGUAUGAUGAAAUACAAUGUUUAGCAAAUGUAACAGAAACAACUACGUGUUGAGGAACAAGCCUCGCCGAUGCACAUUGACAUGGUUGUUGUGUAAUCUGUAAUCGGCGGCAACGGUAUCGUGUCAGUCAGUGGUGGUGGUGCUGGCGGUGCCUUGAGGACAGGAGUGUGAAGUGGACAAUGGCGCGGAAGUGUUGUUAAAGACCCACGGUUGGAGACAGAUGGAGGCAGAGAUGAAGGCCACCAUCAAGAGAGUGUGUGGCGAGGAUAAUCUCAUUGACAGGCCUGUAACAGGAGAGGAAGACGAGGUUUCCGGCGACGGCUGCGACACUACUGCUGUGGUGGAUGACAUGUUGGAGGGGCAGAAGGCUCCAAGCCUCCCGCUUCACCUCACCAGCGACGGCAAUAACAACGAGAGGGAGGACAUCGGCGUCCCUGGGUGCUUGAUUCUUGCUUCCGAGAGAGAGACACCCAGUCAAAGUGGAGAACCAGAAGAGACCAUGUUAACUUUGAACAAAGAGCCGGUGAAUGAGCCCGACCUAGGGAAUGAGUGCUCUUUGGAGACGGAUGAGGAUGCCACUGACCUUAUGACUGCCAUAUGCCGUGUGCUGCCGGAGUUACAAGCCCUAAACCCAACCCGCGCGCGGCGACAUUCCUGUGAGUUCCGGCAGGACCCGCCCACGGAAACGGGAGGGAAUAGCCUCUACUGCCGCAGGGGAACCGCUCCUUCGCUUCUGUUCCUCUCGUCCCAUAUCGCCCUCGCUCCAGAAGACGACGCCCAACAGAUCGGUGUUUCUGAGGGGACCCUUGAUGCGUGCCUCUCACACGAAAAUUCUUGUGUUGAUAACCCGCAUCCUGAGAUGGAGGGAAAAGAAGAACAAAAUGACUCGUGUUCUUUGCAGAAAGUAGAGGAUGAUGGAAGGGCUAAAGAAACAAUUUCUGAAACUUCAGAAACCCUUGAUGUCACCAUCGAUAAUUGUGUUGCGAAUGGGCAUCCUGCUAUGCUAUCAAUCAGUGAUCGUGAGGUUAAACAAGGUGAUCAAGGAGAUGCAGUAGUUGAACAUGCAGAUGAAAAUGAGGUAAAAUUAGAGCAGGUCGAAGAAAAUCCAGUUCUCAUUUUGGGUCAUGACACAGACCAAGACUAUGAACUCGAGAUCGCUGUCGGGGAAAAUCAGAUUGAAGAUCUGGGUCAAGAGGUUCCCCAGUCCGCAGAGAAUGACAACGAGUUGCCGGCAGUCCAUACUACCAAGGACACUCCACAAAUCAUCGACGGAGAGCCACACUACGCCACGGUUAUCAAGGGUAGAGAGGUGCCAGUGCCUCCUGAAGAGUCAAAAUACGUCAAUUACCAAGUCUCGCCUUCAGAAGCACAAGGAGGCGGCGUCUCUGCAUCACCAGAGGUGGGGACAGAGAACGCUGAACAUGUUUAUGAUUAUCCUAGAGAAGUGAGGGAAGGGAGUGGUCCCGCAAACGACGAAAGUCACGCCCUUGAGAGCAGCAUAAGUGGCGUGUGCAGACAAGAAGCUGGCUGUGGGGGCGCACCCGCGACCUCUGAACCAAUCUAUGAGACCAUUGAAGAUGGGAAUGAGAGAGAUAAUAAUGAGGGGAAUGGCCCUGACUGUGACUCCAGGUCGAGCAGGUCGAGUCGCUCCAGUAGGUCGAGCACGUUAAGUGGUCCCUGGUGUGAGGACCGCAUCUACGAGGACAUCUCAGACCUGGGUGGUGGAGGGAGCGGGGUCAGGGGCGGCGGGGCGGGAGGCACGGCGGGAGGCGGCAGUGAAGAAACCUGGGUCUCCCGCCGCCUUCACGUGCACCGCCAGCUGUCGUCUUCAGAUUCGUGGGGCUCCGAGGAUUUUGAGUCGUACUCCAGCAACGAGGAAGAGAACGGAGGAGGCCCAGUCAAGCCGCAGGCACCCAAGUCAACGCAAUGGUACGACGAAGAGGACGUGGAGACAGACAAGAAACUGCUGUGUUGGGAUUCAGAAGAGAGACUCGUACCUGCGCUAGGUGAAAAUGGACAAUUAAUGAAUGAAGAGGAAAUAAAACUACUAUUAGAUUCAAGCUUGGAAGGCAGAGGAGGCGACAGCAGCCCCCAGAGCCCUAGUGCCAGUCAACUCUUCACCAUCAGCGAAGAAUGCGUCGAGGAUGACUUACCUCAUCACACAUCUGCUGUAAGUCUUGGUGCGAACGACUCUAAGGACGUGGGAGUCUCCUCGUCGACGCCCAUUGUGGCUUCACGGUGGGCGGCGGGACUCCGGGCGAGCAGCGACGACCUCAUGAACCGGUGGAGCAUCGCGGGCUCUGGAAUACACGACUCCCCGAGCCUUAGAGAAUCCGUAGUCAGUGACAUAUUAUUGCACGAGCCCAAACUCGGCGUUUCCGAUGGCGUGGCCCUGAGGUGUGAUUCUGAUUCAGAUGGUUCUUCAAAGGAUGAAGCAGGAGCUACCGAUGAAGAUUCUAGGACGCGCGGGCCUUCAGACUCCAUCUUGUGUGACUCUGUUGACCUAGGAAUGAACACAAGUCAGAGUAUGUUGGAGUUGCCACGGUGCGUGGCGGAGGACACGGCGAGAAUGGGAAGGGGCUCCGUGCUGAGGCGCAGUGCCAGCCUCACCCUCGGCAGGGGCCAAAACCUGGAGAACUUUAAACAACGCAUCUUGCGAAAGAGAGAACAGUGGCGAGAAAGAAGACAGUCUACUAAAGGUCUAAAGGAUGCCACACGAAAGGAUUCCAAGGAGGAUCAGCCCAAGGAAUCCACUAUCAAGCCUGCAGAGGACAAUCCUGCCCCUGCUUUGGACAACAAACUUUACCGCUGGUUUUCACUUCGUAAGAGUGUCAACUACGACGUUGAACGCCGGAGCAGCACUAUUGCUAGCACAGAGCGUGCCAGCUCAUACACUGCCACUGCUAAUGGCACCAAUGGCAGUACUAACAGCAGGAUGCCAAAGCUCUUGGAAGAGGCUGAUUCUGAGCACGGGGGUCUGUUUGCUGAGAAUGGUGGGGUCUUUGCCCACACUUUCCAGCGCAGACAUCAGCCUCCUGCCUUACCCCCCAUGCCUCCAAACCUGAGUCCAGAGCAGAUAAAAAGACGGCAUAUAGUGGCCUCAAUAGUUCACAGUGAAAACAAUUAUGUAGCAACUCUGCAAAGACUAGUCAAUGAAUAUAAGAAACCUCUAGAAGACUCAAAGCCACCGGUGGUAAAUGCAGCCAAGCUCACAACUUUGUUCCACCGGCUGUCUGAGAUCCUUCAGUGCCACACGCUGUUCCGCAUUGCCCUGGCCGAAAGCGUCCGCCAGUGGGACCGAGAGGAGAAAAUAGGAGAUGUCUUCGUCGCUUCAUUUUCCAAAGCCAUUGUUUUGGACAUAUACAGCGACUUCAUUAACAACUUUGCUCGUGCCAUGGAAGUUGCAAAACAAGAGUCCAAAAAGAAAUCUGCAUUUGCAGACUUCUUAAAGAUGCGUCAGAUCACCUCGCCUGAUCGACUGUCAUUCUUUGGACUCAUGGUGAAGCCUGUUCAACGAUUUCCUCAGUUUAUACUUUUCCUUCAGGAUCUGCUGAAGCACACACCUCAGGGUCACCAUGACAGAAUGUCCCUACAACUGGCCCUCACACAGCUUGAGUCUUUGGCUGAAAUGCUGAAUGAAAGGAAGCGAGAGGCUGAGCAGUAUCAAGCCUUCAGAGAUACACUAAAGCACAUCAACACCAAGUUUGCCUUGAGAGGAAUACAGGAAGGGAACCGGUAUCUGUUGCGCCAAGAUGAUGUCUUACAGCUGGAAUUCAACCAAGGUGGACUCAUAAGCAAGAGCAAAGCACGCAGGCUCUUCCUCACCAAUGAUCUGAUCAUGUGUGUCACAGUGGUACCAAAGUCCAAUGAUGAGUAUGGUCACCAGAAUGAGCGACUCUCCCUCAAAUGGGCAUAUCCUGUCACAGAUGUGGAGAUUCAAGAUACCACGUCCUCGCCCACACUGAGCCGCCUCCUUGCCUCAGGUGCCAACAAAACAGGCUCCAUCAACACCUCCCGCAUCCCUGAGGAAACUCUAGGCUCCAAUGUGGACAAUUUGUGCCAAGAAAUGAAUGAUCUCAUGCAUGAUUAUGAGAUUGUCUCUAGAAUAUCAUCACUAGUCUCAACACUCAAAGGGACCUAUGAUGGUCUUACCUUAGAACACCUUCAGCAAGUGUCCGGCAGUAUUCAAAGAGCAUUGCAUGUUCGAGAUGAACAAAUGGCCUGGGUCGAUGCUUGCUGCCUGCAGUUUACUGUCAAAAACAAGGAUGGACGGGAAAAGGAGACGUUUACUUUCCAAACCAAUAAUCCUGUUAUUAAGAAAGAUUGGAUUGUAGAACUUCGCUUGGCCCAACUGGCACUUGACAGUUCCAACUCACCAGCGUGGGAUGUGCCGGAACAGGAGAAACGACCAUCAACCAAAAUGCCUCUAUUUGUCAAGUCUCUGCCUGUCUUCUCUUCUCCUUAUGAUACUGAGGUGCGUUGUGGGUGCUGCUACACCAUUACCAUGGCCAGACCAAGUCGACUUUCUGGGACAGGGAGACACCAGACCUACCUGUGGCUGUGCUCCACUGAUGGGGUCUCAUCUCACAUCACCAUCUACCUCAUGCAGCAGGUUGGUCUAAGAGAGGUGGUGCGAGUGGACAUGGUGGAGGUGUGCAUCACUUCACUGCAACAUGUGCCAGGCAUCACCACCACCACUGAGGAGCCCUCCUUGCGUGCCCACACUGUCUGGAUGGGCACCCAUUCACACAGAUUAUUGGUAUACAGUGGGUUAGACCCUGAAAAGCAGACUCAACUUGGGUCUACAACAGUGCCAGCAGCUAUCACCACCAUAAAGUACCAUUGUGACCAGGUGUAUGUUGGGCUGACCAGUGGGUGUGUUCAAGUUUACCGCCGUGGGUCAGAUGGUGGAUGGCAGCUAAGGGAACCUCUUGUAAUCAGUCUUGGAAACCACCCAGUUUCAGCCCUACUUCCAAUCAAUACCCAUGUCUAUGCUGCUUGUGGGGACAAUGUGAGGGUGGUUGAUUGCUUCACAGCUGAAGUAACUAAAAAGUUUUCAGUUCAUCAUGAAGGUGCUGGUGGGGUACAGCUCAUGGCUCACUCAGGCAUUGGACUUUGGAUUGCUCAGCAGAACACAUCAACAAUCUGCCUGUACCACACAGAAACCUUUCGUCACCUUCAGGACAUCAACGUUGCGUCUAACAUCAACCGAGUGCUGGGAGACAGGGCUGUUCCAGCUUCACAAAUUAAUGUUACUGCUCUCAUAGCUUCACGAGGUCUUCUUUGGGUGGGAACUAAUGUUGGUGUUGCUCUCACAAUUCCACUUCCCCGACUUGAGGGUGUUCCCAUUAUCAGUGGCCGGGCAAAUGUGAGCUACCAUGCCCACAAAGGACCGAUCACAUUCCUCUUAACUCUACAGCCCCAUGCCAGGCCACAUGCCACACUGCCGGAAUUAAGGUCAAGCUGUCGUCCCACAUCACAAGACGGUCAAACACAGCAGCAAGAUGGUUUCAGAAUCCCUGGCUCAGAGGAUACCCGUAGUGUUGUUGCAACGCCAAAUAUCACUGCCCGGCUGGAAAAACAACAGAGUGAUGGCAGUCUGAUACCCCCCAGACGGGUGCCUCCUUUGUUGCGGCAGCAAUUCAGUUCCCCAGUGAUUUUACGUCGCAAGCCAAGGGAUGCCCAGCAACACAUGAGGCGCCUAUCCAAGACACUUCCUCGUGGACUAGGACUGGGAACAUUAGCAGGCAGUCAAGAGUGUGAUGUGUAUGGCCUUUAUGGGGACCUACUGAAUGUUCAUGAAUAUGAGGAUGAGCCUAUGGUGCCUGGGGAUGGGCUCCUACUAUCUCGGUAUGAUUCUCUGCGUCGCAGUGACCCAGAGCUCGCAGUACCGUCUCAGGUCAGCACUCUGGACCGCCGGGUCAGACUGAAGGCCUCCCGGCCUCGCUCCUUAGACUUGUCCACCUGGUCCAUGGACUCUAGGGCUUCUUCAGCCUGCACUACAUCAUCAGGAUCAGAGGAUGGGAGUGGGAGUGGCAUCAGCAGUGUCAUUACUUCAUGUAACACCUCAAGUCUGCCCGAGUCAACCCCCAGCACUACCAACAAAACUUCCCGCCGCAAGGAGACAGACCAGUCCCGGACACUCAUGACUCUGAUGGGUGGCCGUGGGUACAUCAACCUAAAGCUGCAUCCAGAUGACCCUCACAGCAGCCAUACCAAUGACAGUGACGCACAUGUGGUGGUGUGGGAAAUGAAGCUUUAGUCAUUCUUUUCUAGUGAUGUAUCAUAAUUAAGCUCAUUUUUCUUAAUUUUAUUAUAGUCCCUGUGCAAUGUGAUAUGUUAUAAGUAUGUACCCAUAUUUAUGAUGAUAUUUAGGCAAAUUAUUGUACUUGGCCAAAUCUACAGUAUAUAAUUACCUAAAUGUUUACAAAACUAAGAAGUAGAUGGAAUCAGCCUUGCAGCAUGUAAUGGUACCUCUGUUAAUGAAAAUGCUGAUUGUGAUAUCUUUUUUUUUUUUUUUUUUUUUUUUUUUACCAUUAAGAAAUGUGUCUUGUUCUUAUAUUAAUAGCAAGCCUCAACACAAAAUUUCAGAUUUGUGUGUAAGCAAACAUAUUCGCUUGUCAAGAUGCUCUAUGGAAAGAAUUAAUCUAUAUAUUGUAGUAGUUAUAUAAGUGUAAAUAUCAGAUGACUGCUAUUUUAAAUACAUUAUUUUGGUCAACAAGGCAGGCUAAUAUGCUUGCUGUGGAAAUACUGCAUAUAAACAUCUAAUAAGAGCAUUAUUUUUA